AUGGAUCCGACGGCCAGUAAGCUACCUGACGGUACCCGCAGAUCCUGGCGCCAUCGGAUGCAAUCUGGCGACCCUCGAGCCGGCAGCAAGGCUGGUUCGAUGGAUUGUGAGCGGGUGUUGACUGCCGCCAUCGACACCAUCCCUGGCCUCGAAUCUGGCCAUCGACUGAUCAUCCCCCGGGCUCUGAGAGCGGCCUCCGUGGCUCUGCUCACAGAUAUGAUGGACAACCCAAAGAGGAUGUCGAAGCUCGAUCAUAGCCUGUCUGCAGCACGACUGGCAAGAGUCCUUGUCGAGACAGCUACCUCAAUGAUCCGAACCGACCCCCCACCCAGCUACACGUACACGUCUGGAUCCCGGAUAUGGCAAGAGGUCUUGGUCGAGCUUCGCCGAAAUCGCAGGUCUUGGAACUUGAAAGUCGCCGUUUCUGCGAACAAAGUUCGCGAUAUAAUUCGCGCCUUCACCCGGGCCCGCAAGGCGUUUCUUGCCAAUGCCGGCAAAUCCGCCUUUCUGACCGCAUCUGUGCAGGGCUCCCAGGGCUUUCAUAGCUUUCUGACCGUCCUUGACUGUUGGACUGAAGUAUCAAGUCAAUCAGAUGCCAUGAGAGCCUCUCGUGGGCAGAACACAGCUAUCGUGGCCGUCAAGAGGGAGGAACAGGUCGAGCAUCUCUUUGGAAUGGCCAGGGAGCCUGUCAACCUCGCGAUUCCGGUUCGAUCUACUGGUCGUCUUUUUGAGCAACCAGCGCCUGCACAGACUGGCAAUUCCACUCCAGCUGAAUUACGCGAACACGACAACCUAGGCACUGGUAAGGGUACGCGGACGGGCAGCUUCGAGGUUCCGGGGCCUCAAGAGCGUGCUGACUCUGCAUUCACCGAUAACCUCGAUGAGCUGAGAGCUCUUAACCUGCAAGUUAUGUGUCUCGAGGAGGACAAGAAAGUCCUUGCAGCCGAUAAUCAAGCUCUCAAUGCCGACAGUAUCAAGACUCAGGCAAAGAAUCUGAACUCUGUACUCGACAAGGCACUCAAAGAGAACGACGAGCUUCGUACCUCCGUCCAGCCAGACCUCACACCAUUCCGCCUUGCUUUGCUUGAAGAGCGCAGCAAAGAGGAAGUGGACAAAGAUAACACCAAGCUCCGUACUCUUGUCCAUAAGACCAAGGAGAAGGCCAAGACUCUUCCUGUUCAGCUCCGGUACGCCCAAACCGCGGGAGCUGAGGAACGAAAAAGGUAUCAAGAGACCCACGCCCAGUAUCAUGUUCAGAGAUCCCGAGCCCUUGCAUUGGAGCGAGAGCUUGAGAAGGUGAAGUCUAAGAGAAGCGAACCUACCUCCUAA